AAUCUCCCCCUACCACUUUAUAGUUUCCUCUACUGUCUGCCUUUGUCUUUCUCCAGCGUUUCUUUUGGUAAAGACCAUCUUCCGAUUCUUCUCCACCGACCCAUUCAACUACUUUACCAUGACUCGCGGAAAUCAGAGGGAAAAGGAUCGGGAAAGAGCUGCAGCUCGUGCUGGCAAAGGCAAGAAGGGAGCCGAUGAUGGUUUGACUCCUGAGCAGCGCCGUGAAAGGGAUGCGAAAGCUCUGCAAGAGAAGACUGCAAAGAAAGCAGCAAAAGAGGCUGCCGGGGGUAGCAAUGCUGGAACUAAGGAUACCAAGAAAUAGAAAGCUAGGUGUUGUUACUUCCAUUGCAGUAUGUAAUUUGUCAUUCCCCUUUGUUUGUCUUGUUAUUCACUGUUUAAAUGUUGUGAUGCAAUAUAACUUAAUACGUCUGGAUUGUCAAUCCAUCCGGUUUUGAACUA